UUAUGAUCAAGAAGUCAUUAUCAUUAGAGUUAAUAUGGUAUCUGUCCUUUACACAUCUUACACUGUUCUCAAACUCUAUGACGAAUAUUACAAAGAUUAACAAAAUGUCGACUGAAAUACUAUUGUGCUAGUAAUAAAAAAAUUUCUACAGUAUGAUAAUGAUUAUGUACAUUUAUACCGGCUUGAUAUGAUCCUAAAGAAAACGUAGGCAAACGACAAAAAAAAAUCCUCUUUUAUCGAUCGGUUCGCCUUCACUUGGUGGCUACACAUGUGCUAUACCUUGGUCGCCCACGGGGAGUGUACAGCAUUAUUAGUUAUCUGACUGUUGUAAGCGCUACUAGUGCUAAAGAGCUCGGUUAUAACGAUGAUAUAACCAUAAUGGAACUUUGUUAAGGGGCGACAGUGUUGUUAUUGCGUAGGCCUUUUUGCUGUGUUGAGAAAUCUUUCGACAAUGCCCCCUGGAAGGAAUUCACUGCGGUUUCCUGUGUACGAGUUGGUUCUCCUUCUUCUCUUCUUGAAAUGUGAAACUUGCGCACGAAAUCUGGACAUUGGAGAGAAUACGAUCGACAGACAGAACCCGGAAAAGGACCUUCAAGCUGACUCUGUAGCUGAGGAAUUCAAAAAACGUACCGUGACAGAGGACCAAGUGGUAGAGAGAGGAGUAGAGCCAGUGAAAGACUACACAGGGUGGCAAAUGCUUAGGGUUUUCCCGUCUUCGACUUCGGUUCUGGAUCAAGUUCUUGCUUUCCUCGAGGCCGACCCCCGAGUCGUCGUCCUCGGUGUCUUUAGAUCCCAGUUAGCGAUAGACGUAGUUUUAUCUCCAACCACGUCUCUUGCUGCUGUAUUAAGCCACGCCCACCUGCCUAACCUCUGCAACCUGAGUGAUGAGAAAGAUUCCCGGAGUUUGAAAGAUCCAAUCAGCAACGAAGUUUAAGUUAUGCUUAUAAAAUCGACGGAGAUGAGUGCUCGUUCGGAACUACGAGAGUAAUCAAAAUUUAAUAAACAGGUUACAUCAUCCCAGAUCCACAACUUCACGGAACUAAUACGACCUGAUUCUCGUAUUGCCCCCCCCCCCCAAGAACCUCUGGCCUGGGACGACUACUACCGCUACGACUCCAUAGUAAUGUUCAUCCAAAAACUCGCCACUGAGUAUCGCACUGUGGAAUACCUUGAGAUUGGGAGGAGCUGUGAAGGAAGACCUCUGCUUGCUCUUCUCUUUGCUGUUAGACCCGCACAGAUGGUGAAACAAUACUACAAAAGUAUGUUGAAAAACCGACGGCUCAGAAGGCGUGCACCACAGAACACUUCCCCCGAAAAACAGCGUCAUAAAAAGGAAACAAAUACUAAGAAAAAUACCAAAACUUUCGUCUUUAUUGAGGCGGGCAUCCACGCACGCGAGUGGAUAUCAUCCGCCGUGGCGACCUACCUGGCCCAGCAACUGGCGGACGCCGGGAGGAAGUUCCUUCGGCGAGUAACGGUCGUCGUCGCCCCGAUGGCCAACCCCGACGGCUACGAGUUCUCGCACACCGCCGACCGAAUGUGGCGCAAGAACCGACGGGAGACGCCCGACUCAGAGUGCAAGGGCGUCGACCUGAACCGCAACUGGGCGAAGGCGUGGGGUUCUUCCGGGUCCAGCGCCGACCCGUGCUCGAACACGUUCCGGGGCAGCGAAGCGUUUUCCGAGCCCGAGACCAAGGCCCUUCGCGAUCUAGCACUCACCUGGAUGGAAAAGAUCUCGUUGUACUUGAGCUUCCAUAGCUACGGCAAUUUCGUCUUGCACCCCUGGUCUUACAGCGUCAGUCCUAGCUCUAAAAAGAGGGUGUUGAAGAAACUGGCCAAGAGAAUGCGAAACUACAUGAAACGCAAUGGUUACCCGGAUUUCAAGGGCGGCCAGACGGGAGACGUGCUGUAUCAAGCCUCCGGAACCUCUGAGGACUACGUGCACGACGCAGGAGUAACGUACGCCUACACCAUAGAACUCCCACACUAUAGCUUCAUCCUCGACCCGGAGAAUAUCCUACCGGUGUCCAAAGCCGUCUGGAGGAUGCUGGUUUGCACAAUAGGCUUCGUUGCCAAGAAGAAGAGCGUCCAGGCUUUCUGCAAAAAACGCCUGGUCACGGUCAUCCUCAAGAAUGGCAAGACUGUCAGUGGUUGGUUCGACAUGAAAUUCCCGCUGGAGGAGGCUGAACAAAGUAUUAUAGAAAGGCCUAAUGUGACCAAAAAACGAAACUCGAAAGACGAUACGAUAAAAAACUGGUAUAUGUCUGAUCUCAAAUGACUAAUCAAAUGUAGUUCUAGAUUUGUCGUAAUAGUUUA